AUGAUUAACACUAACAGACGACUUGCUUCUGCAUUUGUUGGUGUGAUUAUUGUGGCUUGUAGAAUACUGGACGCGGAAGCUGACUGUAAUCACAUCGCAAUCACUGUUACAAAAGGAUGUUCACAUCUUGAUAACUGUACAUCCGGCGAAAAACUGCUCGUGCGACCGGAAAACCUCAAGGUGGCAUUGGCGGAGGUGUCCCCAUCUGUGGCGGCGGAAUAUGAGCGGCGCUGUCAGGCGUGCGCGGCACACCGGAACAUGAGCUCUACUCCACGUGACUGCCAAUACGUGUAUAACCAAGGCGAGAUAAACACAGGGGUUUAUACAAUUUACCCCAAACCAGGCCUUGUAUUUCAGGUUCGUUGUGACAUGGAUACGGCCCCAGGUGGCUGGACGGUGUUUCAGAGGCGAGUGUCGGACACCGACUUCUAUCGGACUUGGAACGAGUACAAGAACGGAUUUGGCGACCUUGAAAACUUCUGGCUCGGAAACGAGUAUAUAUGGGCGCUAACAAACUCCGGAAAUUACAGUCUUCGCGUUGAUCUUACAGCGCCCGACGGACAAACAGCAUACGCUCAUUACAGUAACUUCAAAAUCGGCCCUGAGAGUGACAACUAUCGGCUGCAUGUGAGUGGGUACAGUGGGACUGCUGGGGACAGUUUAUCUGGAUCGUCCAGCGGUCUCAAUGGGCACGGCGGUCAUGUAUUCUCCACCAAAGACAGGGACGCCACCACUUCGGCGUGUACAUCCCGGUAUCACGGCGCAUGGUGGUACAACGCCUGCCAUGUUUCGAAUCUCAAUGGUGACUAUGGAAAUACACUGUACGGACAGGGGUUAAACUGGGACAGUUGGAAGGGCUACUAUGUGUCUUUGGUGAAAACAGAAAUGAAAAUUCGCCGAUUGAGUUAA